GGCUGCUGGCUACUCUCUUUUUUCUUUCGUAUCCCCGUCUUUGGUCCCUUUGCUCUAACAUUUUUGUAGAUAUCUAUUGCUGCGCUAGUGGACGGAAUGUCCACCGUCUCGUUCCUACUUUCCUUCCUUAUGAUAUGGUUUUCUAUUGUUCUCCCCUUUGGACCCUUUCCAGCCUCCCCCCCUCCCUCUCGCCUGCCCAUAAGCCCCCUCCUUUCUUUGUCCUAUCCUGCUGUCGGCUCUCACCAGUCGAACCUCCCUCGAUUCAGCCUUCCAGCUCCAGCCAGUCAACCAGCCAGCGGCCGCGCCUCAGUCCCAUCCGCUCCCGUGGCCUCAUCUCUCCCUCUGGAUCCUACAGAGUUUGAACUCCAAGAACGCACUGUCGGCGUCGACGUCGCGCCGCCACUCAACCAACCAACCACCCAACCAAACCCAUCCCUCUCAACGCAUCAUGGGCGCGACUCAUAUGUCUUUGAAUGUUUUCUUCUGGUUUCUAUCACCUUUGUCUUUUUUUCUUUCUUCUUUUUGUGUCUCUCCAUCGGUCCAUCAGUGCAGACCAAAGUUACCUCAGCUCCAUAUCCCAAUUCGAAGAAGGAACAGAAAAGAAAGAGAAGGAAAAAAGAAUCUCUCCUCCAAUCCGACCCUACAAUCCGACCCUACAAUCCGACCCUACAAUCCGACCCUACAAUCCGACCCUACAAUCCGACCCUACAAUCCGACAAAUCCCUCCCUCCCUCCCACCAAGAAAGUACGAAAAUGAAAAACCGAACAACCGGAGCUAUGAAUUCUAUUUGUUUUGUUGCUGCAGUUCGUUUCUGGCCAAUCCGUCAGUCCAAGCGCCAAAGAGAAGACAAGAACCAGUUUGCUCACCCACCAACCACACAGCCAAUCUACCUUACAGCCGACUCCAUGUCCUCCCAAAUGGAGUUUCGUCGCAUUGACCGAGCGAUACGAUGGUGUGUUGGUACUUUGCCGGUUCUUGGCCUCACUCAAAUAUAAUCCACAAAACGAAACGGGACAACCUUGUUUGAGUCCGGGCUGUCGCUCUUUCCGAGUCCUGAAUCCACAUCCCAUCCAUCGCUCAUAUGAGCAUAGCGCAGUGCAGCGAUGCGAAAAUCGAGGGUCCUGUGUUUGGCCAUGAUUGCAAUGAGUGGGUGGGUGUAUUCAGGUUCGAGAAAAACCCUGGCAUGGCUCAAAACGGGGUGCCCCAUUUC